AUGGAUGUGCUUGGAUACUGCCUGGUGCUGCUGUGUGCUCUCCACCUGACAUUGGCAGCGGUGCUAACCAAGCACGUGGAGCACAGAAACCUGUUCAGCCAAAGACUCUGCUGCAAAAGACAGAGUCACUUUGUUUACGUCGGACAAGACAUAUCGGGGAGUCCUGUCAGCGUGGACGUGGGCAUGUGUCGGCAUCACUGCGGGGGUCCGCCCCGCCCUCCCCACCAAGUACAAGCAGCGCGGGAUUACACUCAACAUUCAACCAUGCUGGAAUUCCUCAGGAGCAAAAAAGUUCGGACGCGUGGACCAGCCGCCCCGGACGCCCCACAACCCCGGAACCCGCUUCCGUCGUGUGGGGUCAACCAUGUCUGCGAGCCGACGGGGAUGCGCGUGGACCAGGUACUCCUGUUCGAAGGCCCCCGCGAGGUAGAGGUCAUCCAGGAGUGCCACUGCGAGGUCAAGCUGACCCGGUGCAUGAGGGUCCCCUCCCUCAGAACCUUCUACGCCGAGACGCCCUACGAGAGUGUCAUUGACGUGGGAGGGUGCUCGCGUGCCAAGGGUGCUCCAGAUGGCUUCUCCUGCGUGCCCACCAAGUUGGACCCGGCCCUGGUGGAAACCCCCAACAAAGUGGACGUCAUCCAGACGGUGGCAGCCUGCGAGCUGAAGGAGAGCUGCUACAGGGUUCCUUACGUGGAGUACUACUACGAGAUCGUACAUCACGGCCAAGGAGUCAAGGAGGAAAAACUGAAGGAAGUGGAUGUGGGCAGAUGUUUGGGAGGCUGCACCACAGGAAACCGAUGCCUUCUCAGGAGCCUGUCAGAUCCCGAAAUGUGUCACCUGUGGGCCGAAAAACAAUCCAACUCGUGCGUUCCCCAGGGGUACGAGAGCCACAGUUUUCUAAGCCAACACGGUCAAAUUCGCACGGUCCUCUCCAUCACUUCCUGCCAUUGCCAAAACUAAUGACACAACGCACACACGCAACGCCCCCUCCUGACUGGAACCACGCAUGACACGGUUGCAUGCGCCCAUUGCAAAGUAUUAUUGUAUUAUAUGUAAUAUAUGUAAA